CCAAGUACAGGAAACCCAAACCGAUAUUCGAGACGGUGCGGAGUGGGGAAAAAUAAACGCGAACCAGAGGGAAAAAGCGUCAACUUUUCGAGAAGAUACAACUUUCAGUAAAUAUGAUACGAAAGCUCAUGGAAAUAAACAACAAAAGGGUCGUACCAGUUGCUCAGCAAGACAUGCAUCUAAGAUUGACAAGUUGCAGAUAAUCACAUCAGUAAGCUCAGGUAGAAAUUUUAUUCCUUGGCACACAUUAAGAAGAAAAGAGGGAAACCGAAGAAUGAUCGAGAAUUACAAGGCAAUGAUCCAGCACAAACGUGUCGACACUCACACUAAUAAAUUGGAAAAUAACCCAUCUACUAAAGAAAAAGCCUUACCCGCAACCCCAAAUCAUAGUGACGGCAACUACAUAGACCUAGAACCAGGCCAGAACAACUUUCCGACUGUCUCAAUUCGUUCCGAUUAUCAGAGUUUGCCACAAUAUACGGAACCAAAUAAUCAGGCCCCACAGGAUGACAAUACUUUUGAAACUAAGACAGAGCAACGUCCUCAACCCUUCGACCUCUGCGAGGAGCCAUGCGGACCCUCGAUGAGUCAAAAUGGAAAUUCCUUUUGCACAGAACAAUGUGUUCGGGAAAAGCGUAGGCGUUCAGUGACGUUUCGAGAUGAAAGCGGACAUGGCAACCGUAGCGCCGUCGAUUGGGAGCGAUUGUCCAAGCUAUCCAUUGAACGUGACACAGCGGGUGCUCAAAAGCCGGAUGAUGAUAACGAUGAUACAGACGAUGAUCAAUUAGAUUCCCACAGAUCAACAAACACAGAGUUUACAUGCAACGAGUCCAACUAUGAGGACGAGUGUUCAACCCUCAAUGACAGCAAUCGCGAUUAUAUACCGCCCUUUACUGGAUGUCCCUGUAUGUACAAUAAAUACCUCAAGCUGGUUGCCAAGUGUAGGCGAACAAAUAUCUGAUUUAAGUGAACUGAGGACGUUUGGCUCUCCACAUUCAAUUUAUGAAAUCAUGAAAGUUAAAUUGGAAUUUUGUAUUUGUUUUGAAUUUAGUCUAGUUAUCAAAUGCAUAUUUUGGUAUCGCCUAAACAUUGUUAUUAUGACACAUAAAGCUUAACAUUAUCAUCCGAUAUCCUAU